GAGCGCGAGCCGCGUUAAAGGCGGCUCCCGGCGCCGCUCCCCGGGCCAGUCCCGGCUGUGCGCAGGCGCGGAGGGCUCCCCUUGUCAGUCGGCGCCGCGUGCGGGUGGCUUUGCUCUGUGGCUGCGGCGGCGGCUGGUCUCCGGCAUCAUGAGCGGCUUCAGCAGCGAGGAGCGCGCCGCGCCCUUCUCCCUCGAGUACCGAGUCUUCUUCAAAAAUGAAAAGGGACAAUAUAUAUCUCCAUUUCAUGAUAUUCCAAUUUAUGCAGAUAAGGAUGUGUUCAACAUGGUAGUUGAAGUACCACGCUGGUCUAAUGCAAAAAUGGAGAUUGCUACAAAGGACCCUUUAAACCCAAUUAAACAAGAUGUGAAAAAAGGGAAACUCCGUUAUGUUGCAAAUGUGUUCCCUUAUAAAGGAUAUAUCUGGAACUAUGGUGCCAUCCCUCAGACUUGGGAAGACCCUGGACGCAAUGACGAACACACUGGUUGUUGUGGCGACAAUGACCCAAUUGAUGUCUGUGACAUUGGAAGCAAGGUCUGUGCAAGAGGUGAAAUAAUCAAGGUGAAAGUUCUGGGCAUAUUGGCUAUGAUUGACGAAGGGGAAACUGACUGGAAAGUGAUUGCCAUCAAUGUGGAUGAUCCUGAUGCAGCCAAUUAUAAUGGUAUUAAUGAUGUCAAGCGGCUGAAACCUGGUUAUCUGGAAGCUACUGUGGACUGGUUUAGAAGGUACAAGGUUCCUGAUGGAAAACCAGAGAACCAGUUUUCUUUCAAUGCGGAAUUUAAAGAUAAGGAUUUUGCAACUGACAUUAUUAAAAGCACUCAUGACUAUUGGAGAGCAUUAGUGACAAAGAAAAUCGAUGGAAAAGGAAUCAGUUGCAUGAAUACCACAGUGUCUGAGAGCCCCUACAAGUGUGAUCCUGAUGCUGCCAAAGCCAUUGUGGAUGCUUUACCACCACCCUGUGAAUCUGCCUGCACAAUACCUGCAGAUGUGGAUAAAUGGUUCCAUCACCAGAAAAACUAAGGAAAUUUCUCUGAAAUACAAGCUGAUAUUACUGCAUCAUAUUCAUCUGGAAGUAUUAGAUGCAAAAGUAGUGGCUUUUCUAAGCUUUAAAUUUAUAGAACUAAUCUAACUAACAAAGAAAAUUCUGCUGUGACCAAUCCAAUAUACUUAGUGUGUUAUCCAUAUGAAAGCAUUUUUCAUCUCAGCUAAGAUAACUUUUAGCACAUGCUUAAAUAUCAAAGCAGUUAUUGGAAUUUGGAAGUCAUUUGUGAAUAAAUGUGCAAGAUAUUGGAUGUAUAUGUUUACUAUGUGUUAGGAAAUAAAAUUAUUUUGCUGAAA